GUGGUGGUGGUGUUGGUCGCAGGAGAGCAAGAUGAGAGCCCUCAUUGUGGCGCUGGCCGCCGUGUGUUUAGUGAACGGCCAGCAAAGUAAGGACGAGAAGGAGUUCAAAUGUCCCACGGAUCAAGGCAACGGCAACUUCGCUGAUCCCGUUACAUGCCGCCGAUUCUAUCAGUGCGUUGAUGGUUUUCCGUACUUGAACCGCUGCCCAUCCGGUCUGUACUUCGAUGAUAUCCAGAAGUACUGCACAUUCAAAGCGGAAGCCAAAUGUGGUCCACUAGCCUCAACACCGGCAGCAACCACCGAAUCUCCAAUUGAUCUGGCCAAAAAGUGCAACCCUAGUGAAUGUGAACUGCCGUACUGCUAUUGCAACAAGGACGGUACGUUGAUCCCGAAGGAUCUAGAUCCGGAAGAGACUCCGCAAAUUAUUCUGCUCACCUUCGACGGUGCCGUCAAUCUGAAUAACUACGAGCACUACCGGAAGGUGUUCAACGGAAAACGCAAAAACCCGAACGGGUGCGACAUUAAGGGAACUUUCUUCAUCUCGCACGAGUACAGCAACUAUCAGCAGAUCCAAACACUCGCUAACGAUGCCCAUGAAAUUGCGGUCGAAACGAUUUCACUGCAAAUGGGCCUGCAGGACAAAGGCUACGAAGAAUGGGUCGGUGAGAUGAUUGGUAUGCGCUCGAUCUUGAAGCACUUUUCCAACGUGUCGGCAAACGAGAUUAACGGAAUGCGUGCACCAUUCCUGAAACCCGGUCGCAACACCCAGUACAAGGUGAUCGAAGACUUUGGCUUUAUCUACGAUAGCUCGAUCAGCGUUCCGCCCAGUCCGGUGCCGGUGUGGCCGUAUACGCUGGACUACAAGAUUCCGCACGAGUGCAAGAGUGGUACCUGUCCGACGAAGUCAUUCCCCGGCAUCUGGGAGGUGCCACUAAAUGCGCACUUCGUUGAGAGCUACGAGGGCGGCCACUGCCCAUACAUGGACCAGUGCGUGCUGCACAACCACGAUGCGGAAGAUGUGUUUGCCUGGCUGCAGGAAGACUUUGAGCGAUACUACUACCAGAACAAGGCCCCAUACAUGAUGCCGUUUCACACGAAUUGGUUUCAGAUCAAGGAGCUUGAGAAAGGCCUGCACAAGUUUCUUGACUGGACUCAAACCCUGCCGGACGUUUGGUUCGUAACGAUCACACAAGCGUUAACUUGGAUAACCGAUCCGAAGACGAACAAGCAACUGGGCGGAUAUGAACCAUGGAACUGCAAAAGCAAAACUAUGCAAACGCCCAAACCGUGCAACGUAUCGAACAAGUGUGCACUUGCCUUCAAGGAACCAACUUCAAACAUUAGCGACACCCGCUACAUGGAAACCUGCUUCGACUGCCCGACCGUUUAUCCGUGGCUGGGAGAUUCACACGGUUCCGGCAUUCCUGGACGCGACAACUACAUUGACCAAUCGGAAGGUAGCAGUAGUGCCGGUGGCAGCGCCGCUGGCCGCGACCAGGGUGAUGUAGGGGAACGAAAGUAGAAUAAAGUGCAGUGAUCAAAUGGCCCACACGGCGGGCUAUUCUGAAAUGCCAAUUUCUUAUUUCUGGAACAUUAUGAUAUUGCCAAAAUAUAUUUAAAUCCCUGUUGGAACCAAGUACCACCCCAGAUCGGUAAACGAUGGAGAAAAUUACUGCUUUGGCAGAUUGAUGUUUCCGAGCAUUACAAUUAGCGAUUAGCGAAAACCCUCACAAGGCUGGGCGAUACCGAAACCCCGCAGAAGCUUAGUGGUAAUAUGUUCGGAAGCUCGUCUAACCUUACACAUUACCGUUUGCCACCCCAAUAUGUAAGGUCUAUCGUUUUAGCUGGAAUUUUCAUUCAAGGCCGUGCCCUGUAAAGAUGACCUUAAUUUGGAGUUAGGGCGAUAAGAACCUCAUAAAAUUUCUAUAACAUCAAAACUUUACUGCUUUUUUGUUUGCAAUGCUGUUAUUUGUAUCACUGUGCACUAUACAAAUUUAUAGGAAGAACUACACAUCCGACCGACCACAGUUUUGUUGCUGUUGUAGUUAAUGCAAAGAUUUAAUUCUUGAUAAACCGAUCAGCUCGUAGUUACAAUAAACAGAUUUAGAAAACAAAGUCGGAAUUUUUUUUACUGAAAUAGAACGAAAGAGAUGCAUGUCUGUGAUGGAAGAAACAGACAUCUUUGACGAAACCGUGGAACCCUCUUCGAGACAAAUCCGC